UAUGGGACAGCGACUUUCUCGCAAAAAAAAGGCGGAGGAAGAAGGUGAUGAGUGUAUGCAUGAGAUCAAUCCCCAUACACCAGUUACACCCACCGACCACAAGGCGGAGGUCCAUCCUCGUCCUGACGAGACGCCUGUGGGUAUUGGUGAGGGAGGAGGCGGGCAGGAGAAAGGGCGAGAGAAAACAAAGAAAAAGAGGAGGUUCCGGAGGUUUGCCUCUUUCUGUUGUUUGUCUCGCCCCAAAUCCACCAGAGCUCAGGAUGAGCAGGUGGAGCAGGGUGAAGUGGACCAGGACGCUGACGCCAGACCAUCCAUUAGGUGUUCUAAUGAUCAGACUUCUCUACAGGACAUUGUCUGUACUGUAAAGGACAAUGAUCAUCAGGAGGCUCCUUCCAGUAGUCCUGAAGUCUACACAAGUGCUGAGGACCAGCAAAUGGAAGACGACGAGCCUCAAGAUCAGGACAGUCCAGUUACUCUGUCAGCAGGUGUGAAUGCAUCACAUCUGCCGAGACAGCUGGACUGUAAUGAGAUCACGAGGAUCGAGGACCACAUUUGCUGGAAAUAUGCCAUCGGCAGGAAGAUGGGGGAAGGAGGAUUCGGCUCCGUCUUUGAGGGGACCCGGUGCGAGGACGGCCUUCUGGUGGCUGUGAAAUUUGCAGCCAAGAUGGAGAAUGUGCCGUACAUCAGCCUUCCUGAUCAUCCCAGUCUAGUUCCUCUUGAGGUGGCCCUGACAAUCAUGGCCAAUCAAGGCCCCAGCUGUUGCCAAAUCAUAGAGUUGCUGGACUGGCAGGACAAUCCAGACCAGUAUAUCAUGUUCCUAGAGCGGCCCUCACCCUGUGUCAACAUGCACCUUUUUUGGCAGUAUCACGGCAACCUCUUUAGUGAGGAGUUAGCACGUCAUUUCAUGUGGCAGGUGAUUGACGCUGCUGCCGUGUGCUGUUCCCGGGGGGUGUUCCACCGGGACAUCAACAUGCCAAAUCUCCUCGUCAACACAGAGACCCUGGAGGUCAAAAUGAUUGAUUUCGGGUAUGGGGACCUCCUGAAAAGCUCUUCUUACAACACCUACUCUGGGACAGCGAUGUACUGCCCUCCCGAGUACUUUGAGAAGGGCGAGUACCAUGGGAAGGAGGCAACAGUGUGGUCGCUGGGCGUGCUGCUGUUUGCCAUGAUCGCCAGCCUUUUCCCGAACAGCGGCGAUAUCGGCUUGAUGGACGCUGAUGUCUGGUUCCACUCGGGCUUCUCAGAUGAAUGCUGCCAUUUCAUUUGAGGUUGCCUGAAGAGCAACCCAGAACAGAGGCUUUAUUUGGAGGAGAUGCUGUUCCAUGACUGGUUCGAGGUACCAAGUCUAAGAUAAGCUCAAAUGUAUAUACUGACAUUUGGU